AUGUGCAUUUUGAGACUAACGGUGGUCACAUUGCUGGCUACAGCUUGCUGCACACUAACAGAUGGAGCAAUCAGCAUCACGUGUGAAGGCUCUGAUGCUUUACUGCAAUGUGAUGGAGGUAAGAUCCAUAUCAAGCGUGCGAACUACGGUCGUCGUCAACACGAUGUUUGUUCUAUUGGGCGCCCUGAUAACCAACUCACCGACACCAACUGCCUCAGCCAAUCCUCCACCAGCAAGAUGGCAGAAAGAUGCGGUGGGAAGAGCGAGUGUAUUGUCCCUGCAUCCAAUUUCGUUUUUGGAGACCCCUGUGUCGGGACUUAUAAGUACCUGGUCGCCAAAUACUCCUGUGUCCAACAGCAAGAAACAAUAAGCAGCAUCAUAUGUGAAGGCUCUGAUUCUCAACUACUCUGUGAUCGAGGUGAGAUCCGUAUUCAGCGUGCCAACUAUGGUCGUCGUCAACACGACGUGUGUUCCAUUGGGCGCAAACAUAAACAACUCAAAAACACCAACUGCCUCAGCCAAUCCACCACCAGCACAAUGGCAGAAAGGUGUGAUGGAGAGCGCCAGUGUAUCGUCAAGGUAUCCAACUCUGUGUUCGGUGACCCCUGUGUCGGAACCUAUAAGUACUUGGAUGUGGCUUACACGUGUGUCCUGGCAGCAAUCAGCAUCACGUGUGAAGGCUCUGAUGCUUUACUGCAAUGUGAUGGAGGUAAGAUCCAUAUCAAGCGUGCGAACUACGGUCGUCGUCAACACGAUGUUUGUUCUAUUGGGCGCCCUGAUAACCAACUCACCGACACCAACUGCCUCAGCCAAUCCUCCACCAGCAAGAUGGCAGAAAGGUGUGAUGGAGAGCGCCAGUGUAUCGUCAAGGUAUCCAACUCUGUGUUCGGUGACCCCUGUGUCGGAACCUAUAAGUACUUGGAUGUGGCUUACACGUGUGACUGAAUGAUAUCUUCCUGGUGAACCUGAAGAUGUACAAGGCUGCUGGGAUAUCUUCAUCAGGUCUUGCUGUUUUCCUUCAACCUCUAAAUCAACUUCA